AAGCAACAACAAUGUCAAGCGCAUGAACGUGUAACCGGAGCCAAAAACGAGACAAAACGGAGCGUGUCAGCGUCCCUUCUUGCCUUUCUUGUCUCGCUGGCUGGCUGCGCCGUCAGUAAGUUUCAUGAGCGGUGACUCGGGUCGGGGCGAACUUCCGUCCCCUUUGGUCUUGAAGAAAAACGACUCGUUGAGUUUCAUCUGCACGGGUCUGACCUAGAGGAUCAUAUGUACAGUAUAGGUCAUGUCAUGCAGUGCAAUACGGUAUACACUGUAAGUAUUAGGAAUAUGCGUCAGGACGGGACCCUGUCCCUCCUUUAGGGCAGUUCCAGGCUUUUUGUGUGUAUCUUUCUGUGUACUAAAUAUGUGCUGUGUACUGUAGACACCGUUACACCCCAUUAGCCGGUAAUAGACAUAAUAAGACAAUAUGACAUACAAAACUUGUUUAUGACCAAAAUAAACAUUAUUAGAGCCCUAUGGACAUGAAAUAACACCCCUAUAGUCACCUUCACAUUCCCACUAGCCAAUAUAGCAGACGUAAGUGAAAAUAAGACAUAGAAUACAUGUUUACCACCUUUUAAAUAGACGUUUUAAACACGAUUAGAGACCUCAAGACAUGAAAUAACACCCCUAUGUCACCUUUACACUCCUAGUCGCCAAAAAAGCAGACAUAAGAGAAAAUAAGACAUAGAAUACAUGUUUACCACCUUCUAAAUAGACCUUUUAAACACGAUUAGAGACCUUGAGACAUAAAAUAACACCCCUAUAGUGACCUUUACACUCCUAGUAGCCAAUAUAGUAGACAUAAGAGAAAAGACAUAGAAUACAUGUUUACCACCUGCUAAAUAGACUUUUAAAACAUGAUUAGAGACCUCAAAACAUUAACUAACACCCCUAUAGUCGCCGAGUAGCCAAUAUAGCAGACAUAAGAGAAAAUAAGACACAGAAUACACGGUUACCUUCUGAAAAGACUUUUUAAACACGAUUAGAGACCGCAGACAUGAAAUAACACCCCUAUAGUCACCUUUACACUCCUAGUCGCCAAUAUAAUAGACGUAAGAGAAAAUAAGACAUAGAAUACACGUUUACCACCUUCUAAAUAGACUUUUUAAACAUGAUUAGAGACCUCGAGACAUUAAAUAACACCCCUAUAGUCACCUUUACACUCCUAUUACUCAAUAUAGUAGACAUAAUAAGAGAAAAUAAGACAUAACCGUGUUACGACGUGUCACCUUUGUGCUGUGGCAGGGUGCCGGGUUGCAGUCGCUGGAGGCGGACUUGGUCUCUGACUCCGACGCAGAACUCGGCGUGGUCUCGCCUUUUCCUCUUCUUUGUCCAACACCAGCUUCUGUCUUCACUUCCUGGUCCUUCCUUGAAGGCGCACGCUCCUCUCCUUGUCCAGAUGAUGACAUCUCGGUGACAUCACUUCCUGCUAAACAGCCGCUGAGGUCUCUCCUGGCUCGAUGCGGCAGGCUGAGGUCGAGAGGCUGGACGUUUUCCGAGCCGGCCGGUCUGCACACGUAGGAGGACAGCAGAGGAGCGGUGAAGAAGUUUUGCGUCUGCGUGGACAUGCUCGCCGUUUCUUUGAGGGACGUCUUCCGGGCGUUCGCACGCUUACAACGCUUGGCUUGCCGUGGGGACGCAUCGGUUAACUUUGCAAGACUUCCAUGCACGUCAAAACACUUCCUGUUUUGUGCUCCGUCCUUCCCUGUCUUCAGUGAAAGUUUCUUCUUCCUGGGCGAGUGGCGCCAUGUUUCUGCGUGCUGUGCCCUCAUCGCCGGUAGGGGCGUGUCCUCCGAGUCGGGGGUGGAUGCUCUGAACGUCUUCUGGGUGAUGAACAAGUCCUGGCUGUUGACGUCUUCCCGUUGACAUUCGUCUUCUUGUGUUUGGUCUUGUCUUAACUUUGGACUUAACGACGCAAAGGCGGGGUCUUUAACAAGGAUGGAGGUGGACAACAAAUCAAAGCCCACUUUCCUUUUUCUUUGGCUUUUUUUGUGGGGCACGGCGGUUUGAUUGAAAUCAACACACUUCUUCUUCGUCUUCUUCUUGUUUUUCUUUCUCACCUUUGACUUUCGCUCUUCUUUUCUCUUCUCGUGGUGGUCUGCUUUUGUCAGGAUGCUGCCUUUGCUUCUCGGCGUCUUCCUGGUCUUCUUUGACUCCUUUUUCCUCUUCCUUUUCCCGGGUGAGGUUGAGGAUUCCCACCAGAUGUCCUCCUCCGCUCCCAUAUUCCUGUCCAUCAGGGAAAAUUUCAAAAAGUACUUCAACAAAUAGUUUUUUUUUUUCAACUGCACAACUGACACGAGAAAAUAAAGUAAACAUACUGAUUUUCAUAUUUAAAUAGAUUUAUGAUAAUAAUAUAGCAAUUGGUCUACACGUUACGUUCUUGGUACUACCGAGUUGCUAGCUUAGUUGCUAGCAACACCGAAAGUCAAUACAUGCUGUUACAUGUUUCAAAAAUAUUUAAGCAAAAACGGUAGUGUUUUUUUUUCAACUGGUAAAUCUUCCAGUGCUCAGCUAUAAUUUAAUAUUAAUGUGGAAAUAGUAACAUGGCAAUAUCAUGUUUAUAUGUCACAUACUGUACCUUCGAAAGACUUGCUAGGCUAAUUGAACACAUCUCCGUACCUUUUUGACGUCAUUUGGCUUCAAAGUCGUUACAUGUCAAUAUGCUAUAUGCUAUAUACCCCGUUUAGUAACGUCAAAGUAAUUCCAUUACUUGAAAUAUUUUUUAAGUAGUUAAUCCACCUCAAAGUGUUUUUAAAAACGUAAUUAAACGAGCUGAGAGGUUAGCAAAAAGUAGUGUUCGCUACAUCAAAAAGGAGCCGCCGCCUAAGCGUUGCAUUCAAGAACAUCACGUUUAGUUUAGUUAACAUCACGCAAAGUUAAAAAUUAGCGAUUAAAAAUAGUCAAAAUAUCGAUGGGGUUGUGAUUAAUAGAAGCGGGAGAGAGUAUUAAAAACAGCCUGAAAUGUUUGUGUUCAACUGCAGAAAAAAAAUGAGAAGACCAUGAGCAAUUCACGUUCCUCGUCGGAGCCUCAGUAGGUGUAAUUAAAGGUAGCUACGGUUGGGGGCGGUAAUGAGUAGAUUAGUUAUUGUGUCGAUCUUCUGUGGAAAGAAGAAGAUGAUUGCCGACUCACAGUCGGAUUGAAAGACGAUUUAAUUUUGCAUUAUCUUUUACAUAAUAUAUAAAUAUUGUGUAAUAAAACACUUAUAUGAAAAUAUAUGAAUGAAUCAGUCUGUUUUGGUUGAAUAGGGCUUAUUAUUAGUAAAAAAUAUAUACACAUGUAUAUAUAUUAUAUAUAUAUAUUGAAGCGUCUAAAUGAAGUAAAAGAGGUUGUGAUGAUACAUAGUGUUGUACACAGACCACUAGGUGUCAGUAAUGUUACUGAAAUGUUGGCUGAGACACACAAGCACCAAACUUGAUGGGCGGAACAACAGGCUUUAAUCACAGCUUUACUUUGUCUUAUUUUCUUUUAUGUCUACUAUAUUGGGUAACAGGAGUGUAAAGGUGACUAUAGGGGUGUUAUUUCAUGUUUUUAGGGCUCUAAUCAUGGUUAAAAGCAUAAUUAGAAGGUGCUAAAAAGGGUUUGCUGUGUCUUACAUGUCUUAUUAUGUCUACUAUAUUGGGUAAUAGGAGUGUGAAUGUGACAUAGGGGUGUUAUUUCAUGUCUAUAAGGCUCUAAUCAUGGCUAAAAGCAUAUAUAGAAGGCGGUAAACAGGUUUGCUAUGUCUUAUAUGUCUUAUUAUGUUUACUAUAUUGGGUAAUAGGAGUGUGAAUGUGACUGUAGGGGUGUUAUUUCAUGUCUACAGGGCUUUAAACAUGUUUAAAGGCAUAUUUAGAAGGUGUUAAACAAGUUUUCUAUGUCCUCUGUCUUAUUUUCUCUUAUUAUGUCUAUUAUAUUGGGUAAUAGCAGAGUAAAGAUGACUAUAGGGUUGUUAUUCCAUGUCUAGAGGGCUCUAAUAAUGUUUAAAAGCAUAUUUAGAAGGUGGUAAACAGGUUUUCUAUGUCUUAUAUGUCUUAUUAUGUCUACUAUAUUGGAUAAUAGUGGUGUAAAGGUGACUUUAGGGGUGUUAUUCCAUGUCUAGAGGGCUCUAAUAAUGUAAAAAACAUUUACAAGGUGGUAAACAGGUUUACUAUAUCUCAUAUUUUCUCUGAUAUGUGUAUUAUAUUGUGUAAAAAAGCAAACAGGUUUUCUUUCCAAAAAUGACAGCUGUUGGCCAAUAGAAAAUGACCCCCGGGCUGCGUUGGACACCCCUUUCAUAUGUACUAUUUAGAUACCUUGACUGACGUCAAGUGGGUGUAAAAGCGGCUUUUCGGGAGGCUGGUGUGUAGAUUCCUGCUUAUGUCCUCACGUAACCACGGAGACGUGCCAGCGGUCAAUGGCAGUAGUAAAUCCAUCCAUAGUGUUGUGUGGAAGGCUGAGUCACACAACAAGUCAUCAGCACUCAUGACGAUAGCUCCUCAUUGGCACCCCCAACCGCCCCCACCCCUGAUCCCCACCUAUAAAAGACCUGCAGUCCGCCGCUCAUGGCAUCACUGACAGGCGCCAUCAUAAAUGGCUCUGAAGUCCGUCAUGAGAACUUUAUUCCUGGCAACCUUCUACAUUUGGCACAUCUUCACCGUGACCGAAGGUCUCCCCCUGAGGAAGAGGACGGUCAGCGAGGUCCAGCUCAUGCACGACCGUGCUGAGGUCAGACAGGUGCAGGAGCGCCGUGAUUGGCUGCAGGUGAGGCUGCGAGGCCUCCACACCGCCCCGGCUCACGGCCCGUGGCCCUGGAUUGGGUUCUUUCCUGGGGAACCAAUUAGCCUGACGGCGGAGGAGAUCCAGGAAGCCCUGAAUAUGUUUCACAAGCUCCUCCUCUCCAAACACUCUUGAGUUUCGUGCGGUUAUUGCACGCUAAAA